UCUUUGUUUUAUCAUCCAUGUGCUCUAUUGGAUGUAGACUAAUGUUGGGUUCAUCGAGCACCUGGCUGUGAGCCAAAACACCUGCCUCUAAUAAUACGUCUCUGAUCCUCACCGUCUAGCGCUGGCGCUGCAGUACACUACACUAGCUAGCCAUGACGAUCACCACGGAGCUGGACGGGCAGGAGCAGCAGCUGGGCGUCAUGGCGUCCACCACACCACCCUCCUCCUCUGUUUUCAUUGACCUGCCUCUGGCACCCCGCAUCGACGGCGGCAAGGUCCCGGCACCUGAUGAGGACGACAAUGACCUUGUGCUCCCCUACAUCUCGCGCAUGCUCAUGGAGGAGGACAUGGACGACAAGUUCCCGGACAAGUACGACGCUGCGCUCCUCAAGGCCCAGCAGCCCUUCGCCGAGAUCCUCUCCAAUGCCGUCCAGACGUGCCCCUGCAAGAUCUCCCAGCCGCUGCACGCGGCCACGGUGGAGGCCAACAGCAGCUUGCUGGCAGCCGAGGGCAACUGCGUGGACGUGGUGAGCAUGGCAUUCUUCAAAGGCAUGGUGGAGGCCAACAAGUUCCUGCCCAUCCCCAAAGACAGUGACUGCAGCAGGAAGAAGAGGCUUGACAGGGAUGACGAUGAGGUGGAGGCAGAUGAGGUCGCCGGCAGGAGCAGCAAGCAGCUGGCAGCAGCACCGCAGCCCGAGUCGGAGGAGGAAGCGGCGGCGCGCGAGAUGCUGGACCGGUUGAUGCUACACGGCUACGAUCCAAGCCUCCUCGCUGACAUGCUGCCAGAUCAUCCACCAUACCAUGUCAUGCCGCCGCCGCCGCCACGGCGGGGGAGGCACGCUGUGGCAGUGGACUUGCACACCUUGCUCAUUCGCUGUGCCGAAGCCGUGGCCACCAACGAUCGCCGUGGAGCAGCUGACCUGCUAGAGCGGAUCAAGCGUCACUCGCCGCCGACGGGGGACGGCACGCACCGGCUGGCGCACUGCUUCGCCGAGGGGCUGGAGGCACGGCUGGCUGGCACGGGGAGCAAGAUCUAUCGCUCGCUCAUGGCCAAGCGUGCCUCCGUGGUCGUCGCCGUCAAGGCCUACCAGCUCUACAUGGCCUCCUGCUGCUUUCUCCCGGUGAAACACCUCUUCUCCAACAAGACCAUCUACAAGGCCGUCGCUGGGAGGAAGAAGCUGCACAUUGUCCACUAUGGUCUAGGCCGCGGCCUCCAAUGGCCGGACUUACUGCGGUGGCUUGCACGCAGGGAGGGCGGGCCGCCGGAGGUGAGGCUCACCGGCAUUGACAACCCACAGCCUGGGUUCCGUCCGUCUCAGCACAUUGAGGAGACAGGGCGCCGGCUCAGUAACUGUGCGCGUGCGUUUGGGGUGCCGUUCAAGUUCCAUGGCAUUGCAAAGAAAUCGGAGGCUGUCCAUGUUGAGGACCUGGACAUUGAUCCUCACGAGGUGCUCCUCGUCAACUCCAUUCUCCAUUUCCAGACCUUGAUGGACGAGAGUGUCGUCGUCGAGAGGCCAAACCCCAGGGACAUGGUGCUCAGCACCAUCAGGAAGAUGAGGCCAUCCGUCUUCAUCCACACCGUCAACAAUGGAUCACACAGCAGUGCUUUCUUUAUGACACGGUUCCGUGAGGCUCUCCAGAGCUACGCGGCGCUGUUCGACAUGAUGGACAGUAUCGCCCCAAGGGACAAUGAUAGGAGGCUGCUGCUGGAGCGGGACAUGUUUGCAGGGUGCGUCACCAACAUCAUCGCAUGCGAGGGCAUGGACAGGGUGGAGAGGCCUCAGAGCUACAAGCAAUGGCAGGCACGCAGCCAGCGAGCAGGGCUUAGGCAGCUGCCAUUGGACCCUGAGAUUGUUCAGAUGCUCAAGGACAAGGUGAAGAAGGAAUAUCACAGGUCGUUCCUGAUCAGUGAGGAUCAACGGUGGCUUCUUCAGGGAUGGAAAGGACGAGUGCUCUACGCCCUCUCCACGUGGACAGCAGAUGAUGACAGCGACUUGGCACAGACUUAGCUUGAUCGGUGUUCGUUUAUGGUCCUAUAUAUGUGUAAUACAUCCAUCAAGGCGCUUGAUGGGUGCUCUAUAGCUACUUGCACAGUUGCACAAAUAAAUUGAUCCUCAGUUUUAAUUUCCGAAGAUGCACAGUUCUUCUGCGUGUUCAAGAAAAGUUUUCAUUUUUGAAGAUAAGAAGCUUGUAGUGUACAGAGUAUUCUAACCUCCAUAUGUAUUUAGGAAUUUUGAGUUUUGGUGACUGUUUGAAAGAGGAAGCCGUGGGUUUGAUGUGGAUACCUAGGUACCUAUUAGAGACAAGGAAGGGCAGUGCAAGCAACAGAAUGUGUAACAGGGUCAUCAAGCGACAAAAUUUGUGAAAGGGGA